AUGAAGCUUGUCUUAGGUCUACUGCUCGGAUCAUGCUCUUUAGCUCAUGGCUUGACAUCAGACUCCCAAACCAUCAAGCGGGAUGAUCCAGGCGUCUCUAGCCCCAGUUAUCGCAUAUCUCCCAUUGACGGUUCCAAGAUUGCACUGCCGACAAAGGAACAACUAGCAUGGCAGGAUAAAGAGAUUGGUGUUAUUAUCCACUUCGAAAUCGCCACCUACCUCAGCGUCGACGGCUGCAAUAACAUUCCAAACCUUCUGCCCAAUCAAUCACUCUUUGAUCCCGUAUCAUUGAAUACAGACCAAUGGGUGGAGACUAUCAACUCCCUAGGGGCGAAAUACGCCACUCUAGUUGCAAAGCACAAUUGUGGAUUCACGACAUGGCCGAGUGAAGUAACCUUCCUAACUCGUGAUAACGAGACGAUUCACUACAAUUAUACGAUUGCUCAGUCUCCCGUUCAUGGAAAGGAUGUCGUCACGAGCUUUGUUGAGUCGGCCCAGAAAGGCAAUAUUGGUCAUGGAUUUUAUUACAGUCUGAUGUGGAACAAUUUCUUGAAUGUGCAAAGUGGUGGAGUGAUCACUAGCUCUUGGACUCCUGGUCAAGUUAAUAUCACCAACUCGACAUAUAAUCAGGUCGUGCUGGAUCAGUUAACGGAGUUAUGGACACAGCAUGGAAACCUAACUGAGAUUUGGUUUGAUGGUGGAUAUACCGAGACACAACAGGUGAAGAUCCAAAGUCUGUUGGAGACUCAACAGCCUGGAGCAGUCGUCUUCAACGGAUGCCAAACAAAUGGGACGUGCAUUUCAGCGAACCCUGUACGCUGGAUCGGUACAGAGGCUGGAGCGGCCCCGGAAGAAACCUGGUCAAGUGGUUUGAGUAACGACGGGGGAGAUCCCCAGAGUCCCUAUUUCUGCCCGGCCGAAUGCGACACCACAUUGCAAACUGGCGACCGUUGGUUCUACGGAGUCAAUCAAACUCUACGUUCACUCGAAGAAAUGAAAGACGUGUACCACAAGACUGUCGGUCGCAAUUGUGUUUUGGAAUUGGAUCUUGCACCUGAUCGCAGUGGCCUCGUUCCAUCUAAUCAAGCCGCCCGAUACAAAGAAUUAGGCGAUUUUAUCAAAACCUGCUAUGGAAAUCCUAUCGCUCAUAAGGUGUCUCGGAAUGAGAAGGGCAUCUAUUCUUUGACUUUUGGGAAACCCACUUCCAUUGAUCGCAUCGUGCUAAUGGAGGACCAGACGAAUGGCCAGGUGAUUCGAUCUUACGAGGUCUAUGCGAAGAUUGCGGACUCUCGUUCCUCCAACGGUGGGCAUGUGCCAUAUACCUUCAUUUCCAAUGGGACCAGCGUGGGCCACAAAAAGAUUGAUCUGUUCAACAAGGCAAUCUCUGUUACUGGCGUCCUGGUUAACUCUACUUAUGUGGAUAUACCCAAGUGGCGGUCGGUCUCUGUCCAUCUAUGUGACUAG